AUGGCUGGUACUAGGAGUAAUGUUCGAACUAGGAGUAGUGGUCGGAAACUUGAUGUAGCAUGGCAACAUGCCACUUCUGUUAGUAGAUCUUUGAUGCCCAAAACUUCUGAUAUGCCUCUUAGAAAUCAGCAGAUGCUUUCCAGGAAAUCCACUCGCCUAUCGGCUCAACCAUCUGCUUUAACACAAGAUCUACGAUCAGAUCAAGUCAUCACCAAGAAGGAGUUUGAUGAAUUUAAGAAAGAUUUCCAGGAUUUUAUGAAGUACAUGAAAAAAGUUGGAGAUUACCAAAAGAAUAUGGGAUGGAGUUUAGCUGGUAUUGACAAGGAGUCCUUCCCACAAUUUCCAAAUCACAUUUUGGAAACUACUCAAGAAAAAGAGAAUGCUACAACAUCCAAAGCCAAAGCUAAAACAUCCAAGGGAAAGGAGAAAAAGGGUUAUUCUGAGAAGAAGAAAGCCACUGCUGGAAAGAAGAAGAAGAAAGCCGAAAAGGAUGUGGAGCCACCAAUGGAAGAAACAUGGGAAGAGCAUGAGGAAGAGGGGGCGGAAGGAGAGAAAGUGUUAGAAGAGCAGGCUGAACACCAGAAUGAAGGAUCUCUAGCUGAAGAAGAACAAGUUGAAGUUGAGGAUCAAGUAGAAGAAUAUUCUCUAAAUAUUCAAGAUGCUGAAGAAGAGGAUCGGUCAGAAGAAGAAAAUGUUAUGAAGGAGGACAAUGUAGCUGAGGAGGUCACUGAUAAGCAACCAUCGAAAAAGAAGAAGCAACAAAUCCAAGAGCGAGAAUCUGUAGAAGUUCAAGUUGAGGAGCUGCAACAUUCAAGUGAAGAGCAAGUAGUCCCACAUGAUACUUCUGAAAAUAAUUCUAUAAGGAAAGUGAUGAAUGUCUAUGAGCGAAAAAAGUGGUCAAGCUGGAGUACUAUGGACAAGGCCAUUAAAGAUGGCACUAAUCAAGAAAUAAGACCAAAAAGGAAGCAAGAUGAAAAAGCUGGGGUUGAGAAGCCAAUGCUUGAACCUGUGAAAAAGAAGAUUAGAACUAAUUCUAAGUUCAAAUUCACUAAGAAAUGA